AUGAGUGAAUGGGAAAGGAUAAAAUUAAUUGCAAUACCUAAACACCUGAAAGAUGAUGCUUACAGCUAUAUCAGGAAUGAGCUUACGACAAAGUACGGACUGAGCGCCAAACACAGAGAAAAAUACCCUGUGACACGGGUAGACCUUAAUAUUCUGAUUCAACAUCUUUACAAAGGUGAUACGCAUGAUUAUGUCCAUGAACGCGGUCGUUUUCAACAAGCCUUUGGCCUAUCACUAUUUUCCUCUUCCGGAGCCAGAGCAGGCGCUAUUGUUGAAUCAAGCGCCUACCGGGACACCAAUGAGGCUCUUUAUUAUCAGCACCUCUCCUUGAACAUGAGGUGGGAUGCUGGAGAGAAUGUCAAAUAUUGGGUCACCAUCAGUCCAGAGUUUCUAAAGGGUCAUCGUUAUGACGAUGAAACUAUUUUGCCUAAGAAUUGGAUCGGAGAGCAAAAAAUUCUUGGAAGGAAUUUUGUUUACUGGCUGAUGGUAUGUGGUAUUGCCGACAAAGCCUUUCGGGGAAUUCAAUCUUUGAAUGAGUUGCUUGCAAAGAAGCCUCCUAAAGGUCGAGAUUCAUGGACUCUUGAAUGGGCUGAGCACGCCAAAAACUUGCCAGUGCUCCGGAUGGUGACUGUUUCUGGUCCCCACUCAUCUCGUGCUUUAACUUUCUCAUCUUUGCGGCAUCACUAUAGCGCACUGGCGGAAAGGGCCCAUUUUCGCGAUCCUUUAAGAGUCCACGGGAUUAGAGCUGGUACUGCAAACGCCAUCGAUCCAAAGGCCUCGGAAGCUGCACGUGCCUGUUUCUGGAACGAAGAGGCAGACUAUGAAUCGCAUGCUAUGGAGCAAAGUAUGGCCCAUCACCGCGAUACUAACUCUCCUUGCAAGAUGGAUGCUGCUGCCGUUGCUGAAAUAGAGACUGAUUCUGAGAUGCUUAAAAUCUACCAGAAGAUUGAUGAGCUUACCAGAAGGAUUGCUGGUCGACCUCAUGAGAAUGCACUUCUGGCCGCUGAACGAGCUGUAUGGUACAAUAAAGCAGCCAAAAAGCGCCGUGCGAAGAAGCAAGAGUUUAUCAAGACCUGGUGGGCGACAUCGUACGACGAAUAUGUUGCGGGGAAUAAUUUUGAUGAGCGAGAUACCACAAACCUUUUCGAGAUAUAUCGCAAGUACAUGCCGGAAAGGGACCGGCUGGACAAGAACCUUUUCACGGAGACUCCAAUUCACAGUGAUAUUGGAAGGCAGUGCUUACAGGAUAUGCUCAGGCUUAUCACCUCACAGGAACGCGUGGCAUAUUAUCCUGGCGAAUCGCCUAUCGACGGAAAGUGCCCAAUCUGCCAAAGGGAAAUGUCUAGGUACGUUGCAUGCUAA